GUUUAACAAUCCAGGCAUGCGCAAUAAACCAAAAGUGAGGGAACACAACAAUGGCGGAAGAACAGGAGCUUCUGCAGCUGGAAAACCUGUGCAAACAGCUCUAUGAGACAGCAGAUACCAGUCUGAGAACAGAGGCGGAGAAGGCACUGGUGGCCUUCGCCAAUGCCCCAGACUGCCUCAGCAAGUGUCAACUCUUGUUGGAACGAGGAAAUUCCCCAUAUGCCCAGUUGCUUGCAGCUACAACCCUUACAAAGUUAGUGGGUAGAAUCAAUCUCACCCUUCCACUAGAACAGAGGAUUGACAUUAGAAAUUAUAUACUCAAUUACAUGGGAACACGGCCAAAAUUGGUGCAUUACGUCCUACAAGCCCUUGUGCAGCUAUUUUCUCGUAUCACCAAGCUGGGCUGGUUUGACGUGGCCAAGGAUGAGUACGUGUUUAGGAAUGUGGUUAGCGACGUGGGCAAGUUCAUCAACAGUGGCUCCAGCCAGCACAUCAUGAUCGGUGUACAGCUCCUCUCUCAACUCGUAUGUGAGAUGAACAGGGUCAGCGAGGCAGAGAUAAGUCGCUCACUGACCAAACACAGAAAGAUUGCUUCCUCCUUUCGUGACACACAGUUGUUUGAGAUUUUCCAGCUUUCAUGUACACUGCUUCGCACGGCGGCCGGAAACCUCAAAACUCUUGACUUCUCAGAUGAAAACCAGCACGGUUUGUUGCUGCAUUCCCUGCGGUUGGCUCACAACUGCCUCACGUUUGACUUCAUUGGCACAUCCACAGACGAGUCCUCUGACGACCUGUGUACUGUACAGAUACCCACCAGCUGGAGGACAGCGUUCCUGGAUUUCUCUACACUGCAGCUGUUCUUCAACCUCUACACUGGUCUGCCCACCUCCCUCACUCCAAUGGCCCUGUCUUGCUUGGUGCAGAUCGCCUCAGUGCGAAGAUCUCUAUUCAACAAUGCCGAGCGUGCCAACUUCCUCAACCACAUCGUGACAGGGGUGAAGGUCAUACUGGAGAACCCCCAGGCACAGGGCCUAUCAGACCCCAGUAACUAUCAUGAGUUCUGUCGCCUCUUGGCUAGACUCAAGUCCAACUAUCAGCUGGGGGAGCUAGUCAAAGUGGACGACUAUCCCCUGGUGAUCAAACUGGUGGCCGAGUUCACAGUCACUAGUCUACAGAUGUGGCAGUUUGCCCCCAACAGUGUUCACUACCUGCUCAGCCUGUGGCAGCGCAUGGUGGCCUCCGUGCCCUACGUGAAGGCCACAGAGCCCCACAUGUUGGAGACCUACACGCCCGAAGUCACCUCCGCCUACAUCACCUCCAGACUCGAGUCUGUCCAUGUGGUUGUUAGGGAUUGUUUAGAAGACCCUCUAGAUGACCAUGGUCUCAUUUCACAACAGCUCGAACAGCUGUCUACGAUUGGUCGGUGUGAGUACGACAAGACGUGUGCGCUGCUUGUGAGGCUGUUUGAUGAGUCUGCCCAGCGGUACCAGGAGCUCGUGAAUACUGGCGGGGGGAACAGGGCCGAACUCUCCGUUCAAGAAGGUCGGCUAACAUGGCUGGUGUACAUAAUUGGGUCCGUGAUUGGCGGCCGUGUAGCCUUCACCACUACAGACGAACAUGACGCCAUGGAUGGGGAGCUUGUGUGCAGGGUACUACAGCUAAUGAAUCUGACCGACUCCCGGCUCACACAGAACGGAUGUGAGAAACUGGAUCUCGCCAUUCUCAGCUUCUUUGAGCAGUUCAGGAAAAUAUAUGUGGGGGACCAAGUCCAAAAAUCGUCUAAGGUUUACCGCAGACUGUCAGAAGUCCUGGGCCUCAGUGAAGAGUCCAUGGUCCUCAGUGUGUUCAUUGGCAAAAUUAUCACAAACCUGAAGUUCUGGGGCCGCAGUGAGCAGAUCAUCACCAAGACGCUGCAGUUGCUUAGCGACCUCUCUGUGGGCUAUAGCAGUGUGAGGAAGCUCGUGAAACUGGAGGCUGUGCAGUUCAUGCUCAAUAGCCACACAAGCGAUCAUUUCCCAUUUCUGGGGAUCAAUGCUGGAACCAGUCCCAUCACCGACAUGCGAUGUAGGACGACAUUCUACACGGCUCUGGGUCGCCUACUCAUGGUGGACCUGGGGGAAGAUGAGGAGAGAUUUGAGCAGUUCAUGAUGCCCCUAGAAGCAUUUGACAAGGUGGGGACAAUGUUGGCCAACGCAGACACAGCUAUCAAAGUAGAAGAGGCGAAGCGUUCACUGGUUGGAUUGGCGAGAGAUUUACGAGGUGUUGCAUUCGCGUUCAACACCAAGGGCAGCUACAUGAUGUUGUUUGAUUGGCUUUACCCCAAUUAUACCCCCGUAUUACACCGUGCAAUAGAAAUAUGGUACAGCGAACCAAGUGUCACCACACCUGUGCUUAAACUGAUGGCAGAAUUAGCGCAGAAUAGAUCUCAAAGGCUGCAGUUUGAUGUGUCCUCGCCAAAUGGUAUUCUACUCUUCAGGGAAGUUAGCAAGGUCAUGGUGAGCUAUGGAUCCAGAAUUUUAACAAUAGGCGACCCACCCAAAGAUCAAAUGUACCCCAUGAAAUUGAAAGGCAUAUCGAUAUGCUUCUCUAUGCUGCGGGCAGCUCUAUGUGGGAACUACGUAAACUUUGGAGUGUUCCGUCUCUAUGGAGACGACGCCCUUGACAACGCUCUCAACAUGUUUGUGAAACUGCUCUUGUCCAUCUCUCAGAAUGACUUGCUGGACUACCCAAAGUUGAGUCAGAAUUACUACGGGCUGCUGGAGUGUUUAGCCCAAGACCACAUGACCUUCAUCAGUAAUCUAGAACCACAAGUGUUCCUGUAUGUACUGUCAACGAUAUCAGAGGGACUUUCAGCUUUAGACACGAUGGUGUGCACAGGCUGCUGCGCCACGCUGGACAACAUCAUCACCUACCUGUUCAAGAGGCUCACCAGCAAGAAGAAGAAGACAAUGACGAGCCCCCAGGACAGCCAGACCUUCCUGCGUAUCCUGGAGCUACAUCCAGAAAUAUUGCAACAGAUGCUACAGACAGUGUUGAACAUCAUCAUGUUUGAGGACUGCCGUAACCAGUGGUCCAUGUCCCGGCCCCUGCUAGGCCUCAUACUGCUUAACGAAGAGUACUUCAGCAAGCUACGUGAGAGCAUCAUCACGAGUCAGCCUCAGGACAAGCAGCAGACCAUGGUGCAGUGCUUUGAUGGCCUCAUGGAGGGCAUAGAGAGAUCUCUACUCACCAAGAACAGGGACAGAUUUACCCAGAACUUGUCGCUGUUCCGUCGUGAUGUGAAUGACUCCCUGAAAGCUACGGGCUCUAACAGUCCUACAGAGUCACCGAACAAUCUAGAUAUGAUGAACUUGUAGCAAACAGGUUGUUGUAGAUACUAAAAAAAAAUAAUGGUGGGACAUGUCGAGGUUUAUGAGUCAGUUUGGACAAGUCUCGCAAUGUGAUGAACGCUCCUGAAUUCCUGGGUAUAUAGAUUAACACAGAAAGAUCGCAGAAUAAUGUUGAGAUGAGGACGGCCUAUGUGUAUACAUGUUCAUACUGAGUAUACAUGAUACACAGAGUCGUGGAAACAACAGUACAUGUAUUUGUUAAGAUUUAUAAUCCAAGUUUUGCCAAGUCAUUCUCUUGAUUAUGCCAAAGCAAAUCGAUCAGUUGUUUGAUUGAACUUGGCCCCAGAAAAUUGAAGCAAGCUACCAAAAUUAAAAAAAAAUAAAAUUCUCAUGUUUUUGAUACAUUCGGAGGCAAGCGCAAAGUGCAGAAUACAAAAUAUUUUGUCUUCAUGUUUUGAACAUUUUUGCCAAACUCAUGGUUGAGGCCUUGUUGGAAAUCGUUUCCUCGUUAUACAAUCUGGCUAGUUUUGUUGUUGAUUGUGAUUGCAAUUGUAAAAAAAAGCCUUUGUCGUCAAAUACGUGAACUCAACCAAAAUGAUAUUUAAAAUAAAAAAAACACUUUUGUUUUGUAAAGUCAUAUACAGGACAGAAUGGACCAUGCGAGAUAACAAAAAUGUUUUAUGGAUUUGAGAUGCAGCAUAGCCAUUAAACAUUUGAUCAAUUUGAUAUGGCAUUAGAUAAAUCUGUUUCUAAUGUGCAUGUGCAAAUACAAAUGUAGUGUGAACAUUACAAGUUUCUGUUAAAAAGCGGGACUUACAGCAUGAAUUUCAGCAAAAUAACAAAGGAUCAUGGGAGAGAGUUUGUUUAAGAUUAAUAAUGAAAGUUUCUGAAUUUGAAUUUUGGACAGUCAUUACCAUAGAACAUGUAUAAACAAUUUGCAGUAAGUGUUCCUAUAAAAAACAGUGUUUGUUGUCAAGUUUCUUAGAAGUAAAAUUAAUGAAUAACAUCUUUGACUGUUUAACAACCAGUUAUAUUCAGAACAAUGUAGGAAAUGUGACUGUGUAGUUGUGUUAUGUUGAUGAAGCAUUUCAGGUUUUUGUAGGAAUAAGUGGGUUCUAAACUAUUGGUAAAUGCAAAUUAAAUGGUUUGUGAAGUAUUGCUUCAAGUGUUAAAUUUUUUUGAAUCAGGUGUGAGUAAGUUGAUACCAUGAACAAUAAUUUUAAGCACUUCAAAAGUGUCGAAUCGUCAUUGUAUGUGUGGACCUUCAUUUUCCUGACAUCAUGCUUUGUGGACCUUCAUUUUCCUGACAUCAUGCUUUGUGGACCUUCAUUUUCCUGACAUCAUGCUUUGGUCUGAUGUUCCAUCAUUGUAUGUGUGGACCUUCAUUUUCCUGACAUCAUGCUUGGGUCUGAUGUAUGUGUGGACCUUCAUUUUCCUGACAUCAUGCUUGGGUCUGAUGUAUGUGUGGACCUUCAUUUUCCUGACAUCAUGCUUGGGUCUGAUGUUCUCCUGUAUGUGUGGACCUUCAUU